UUGGUUCAGUCAAAUCUGCUUUUAAUAUUACUCUUGCUUUUUCAGUCAUGUCCUUGUUUUAGGAAUAAGGUGCUAUUUCAAGGUAAGUACUUUGGAAAAUUCCACAUAUCUUCAAUCUUUUAAACAUUCACAGACCUGUGUGUCUUUGAGUCUUCCCCAACUUUUUCUGUUCCUAUAGCUUUGCUUAAAAUAAUGGCUGUGUGUAUACCUAAUAUUGCACAUUUUCUUAUCACGGCUGGUUGCUUGGAGAUACCUCUGCAGUUUGCUUAAUACAAUAACUUGUCUGUAACAAUUAAAAUCUUUUCAUAUGCAUAAAUGACAGUAAAGUAGUCUUUUUACGUAUGUAAGUACACACAGAAUAUUUUAGUUAGUGUAUACUAGUUGAGAAAAGGCUUUGUGCUGAUUGCCUAUCCAGGCAGGCAGUCUGGAUUGGCCCCAAAUCAGGUUAUUUCUGGGGUUGUGCUUCAGCUGCUAAAAAUCAAUGGGGAGAGAACCUGUUGAAAUUGCCAGAAAAAAAUUCAAGUUAGAUUUAUUUUUUUUUCUGAAGAUCAUCAACAUAGAGUCUUCAACCAACAUGGUAAAUCUUCUGAAAUUUCUGAAGAUGGGGGUUAUCUGUGUCUGAUAACAGGCUCCAGGCUGGAGGCUGAUACAGUCCUAGCUGAAUUCCUGGCUGUGCCCAUGUUCAAGACCUACAAGAACAACAACCGGGACAAUUUCUAUACACAUUUGAAAAAGUGGUGUGUAUUUUUGAACCUUCAGUUCCCAAUUAAUCUACUUUCACAAUCUCCAGAACUUCUAACCUUUCUGCACAGAUGUAUCUUGGUAUCUACAGAAAGUCCCCCAAGGGAUCUGGAAACACAAAGGAAGAAAACACCGCUGUUGAGGUAGCUGAUACUGUCUUUUUCCCAGCCGGAAUCGGUUGUAAUCCUAUGUAGUGAAGAUUUUUAAUUUCCCCUGUUAGUUUUAGAGAAGCCUUUCACAGUCCCCAAGGUUUUUAUCUUCCACAAGGAAUUUGCCCAGGCAAUUCAUAUCUGGCAGUCUGCUGUAUGAGAUUAGUAUCUAGAAGUUGGUAAGUAUAUUCAGUUUCAUCCCUAGAUCACCUAAGAUGAUUGCACAUUCAUCUCCAGUCUCAGGCAAGCUUAUGAAAAUAACUGUGGGUUUUAAAAGCUUUUGAAGAAAAUAGCAUUUCACUUGUUUCGUUAUUGAAAAGCAGUGAUUGCUGUAGUGGGCUGAAGACUCAUCAUUUCCCUUCUGAUUUUGAAGAAACUUCAUAGGGGAAAAAGAAGAGAGCUUCUCUGACAAGGGGGGUGAGAACUUUCAAAUUCUUAAUUUCCAUACUUGUGUCUUUACAAUGUGUUUGUCAUAAGAUAAAAUAGGUUUAUGGUUUUUUUUUCCGUUCAAGAGGCAUUUUUAGGCUUCCACCAUGAUCACUGUUUUAUAUCUGCAUGAAAUCCUUAUUGGUAUGCUUACUCCAGCAACAGAGAACGUCUUGUUAACUAGGAACGGGCAGGCAUUUAGUGGUGGCGAUAGAUUUCUUCUGACGAAAAAAAAAAGGUUACAUGGGAUUUUUUCCAGUAACUGAUGAUUCUGUUAUCAUUCUUCCUUUCUAAAACUAUUGCUUAUGGAGAAAAUAUACAUUACUUUUUUACUGUUCUUCCUGUUUGAAAUGGAUUUUCAUUGUAGAGUCAAAGCAUCAGAAAUGGAAAAAUGGAUUUUUUUUUCUAGAUAUUUGAUCUGUUUUCAGCCAGCCACCAUAUUUUUGUCAGCUUUUCUGCUCUAUUAAUGUUAUUAAUUACUUUUUCAGCUUUCUUAAAAAUAUUUUAAAGGAAAUUAAUUAGUUUCCUUGUUCUAUUUACAGAUCGUUCACAGAAGUGAGUGCAGAAGUUUUUUGGGUCAUCAAAUUUUAAUUAUACAAACCAAAUUGCUAUGUUACUGUACUUAAAUCAAGUCUACAUAAUUAAAAUUACAGUAACUAUUAACCACACAAAAUUGUAAUAACCUAUUUAAAUAUCAGGAUCCACUUUUUUCUUUAAGGUAAAAUUAUUAGAGAGAUAUUUUGUCAGUACUGUGUUAAAAGUGGUUUCCAAAAGUGAGAGAAGGCAGCUGCUGUGGAAUUUGAUCAAUAGUAUAUCCAGAGCUUGAGACUAUUAAUUCUGCAACAUCAGGCUUGAAGAGUGGGAAGUAUAUAACUAAAUGUAGAGAACUACAUUACAAAUGUCUGCAUCUCCUCUCAGCUGCUUCUGCAGUCCAUGGAGAUCUAGUCAGUGUAGUCAGGAAUCUAGGACAUGAUUCAUCUAAUUUUACAGGAGAAAUCAAAUUAAUCAACCCCUAGAAGUGUCUGUUUCUUUUCCACUGACUAUAAAAGGAGCCUGACUAACUCAGUGGUGGAUGUUGUUUCUGUAAGGCAUCUAAAAUUAGGUGAGAUAGAUUCCAUACGGAGUACGUGGUGCGAGGGGAUGGAAUGUCUCUGAUUAAUGCCUAAUUAGCAGUGGCUUUUUAAGCAGAUCUCAAGGAAGAAGGUUGGUAUAAUGAUAAGGCUGCAGAAGUUAUACCAGGAUUAGAAAAUUACACCAGUUUGAGCCACAUUUCAAAUGUAUUUUGCUUAUUGAUCCAAGUGUUGAAAGUAGCACUUUGUCUUCUAGGAGGUACAAGUUUGUACCUAUGAGUUUGUUACAAUGACUCUGAAAUCUCUUUUGGAGUUGCUUUUCCCUAUGACAUUACCCCAUGCUGUAUGGCCUGUAAUCUUUGUUUGGAGAUGUGACUUCACAUAAAGUUUCUUUCAGUUUAGCAAGCAAGGCAGGUAGCUAUGUAUAUCUGCAUCUGUAUCUUUAUUUACCAUUUGUAUAAUCUUCAUCUCAUUGAUGAAAAUUAUCAGCAAUGAUUGAUUCUUUCAGGACGCUGACUUAAAAAUGAAGAAUAGUAUGGAAUAGUAGUACAACCUACAGUGCGUCUUGUUAAAACACCAUGAGAAGCACCUUUUAGAUCAGUAUUCUCCAUUUAUACUUAAAUUUUUAAACAUGGCGAUAAAGUGGUUUCUUACCUAUUUAAUAUAUCAUUGAUUUUUUUUUAUUCUUCUAGUUCUUUAAAAUGUCUAUAUAGUGCUGUGCCAAAUGUGUUAUACCCAAAUAAGAUUUUAUUUUAACAACUAAAUUUGUAACUGCAUAAAAAAUAGCAUAUUGUUUUUACAUAUGCUGGUUGUUCUUUUAGGUUUUCCUUUAGGCUUUUCAUUCUGAGUCAUUUAAAAUACAGCUUCAUUUUUUUGUUUGGAAUCAGUGACACCUGACUGGCCUAUAAUUGUCCAUGUUCUUCUGUUUUAUCCUUCAAAACAAGCACAGCAUCUUCAGUAACAAGCUCUCUAACCAGAUUUUUAGAUGUACAUUAACUGAACUUGCUGGGUCUAAGAAAGUCUGGCUUUAAAAAUUCAUAGAAAUCCUGAGCUGAAGUGAAUUGCUUUGUCCUUUUCUGUAUAAGAACUGAAAAAUCUGCGAUUUUCAUUCAGUAAGGAAUCAGUAUCAUCGACUGGUAAGGUUCCUCUGUUUCUCAUAUUCCUUAUUUCUAUGUAAAAUAUCAGAAAAACACAAUUGUAUCAUUCUUUUAAUGUAUUUUUAUUCAUGUAAUAUUACAAAUAAACCAACUAUAAAAUUACAGUGGCCUCUCUGUUUGGUGUUUUUUUUUCAUUGCAGUAGAAAUAAAGGGUUCAUGCAACUUCUGAAAUACUAACAUAGCCAGUUUUGUUUAUUGCAGUUUUGGAAGGGAUCCUGUUGGGCAGAGAGAGGGUUUGCUCUGUGUUCUGUCCCUAAAUCUGUGCAACCUUUUAAAAAUUUAUUAACAGGUAUCUAAUACUCGUGCUUUCCUUCUCCCAGAUUGCCCACAUUGCUAUUGAAAUGCAUGCUGUGUUAUCUAGAGCAUGUCUCAUUUGCUUUUUUCUGUCUCUUAUCUUCCUUUCUGCUUUUCAGUGUACACGAUUCUGUCUAAGGUGCACUCUGAUCGGAAUGUAUACCCUUCUGCUGGAGUUCUUUUUGUUCAUGUUUUGGAGAGAGAGUACUUUAAGGGGGAAUUUCCUCCUUACCCAAAGCCUGGUGAAAUAAGUAAUGAUCCUAUAACAUUUAAUACCAACUUAAUGGGCUACCCAGACAGACCUGGAUGGCUACGCUAUAUACAAAGGACACCAUACAGUGAUGGAGUGCUCUAUGGCUCACCAACUGUAGAAAAUGUGGGCAAACCAACCAUCAUUGAGAUCACUGCAUAUAACAGGCGUACUUUUGAGACAGCAAGACAUAAUUUGAUAAUUAAUAUAAUGUCAGCGGAAGAUUUUCCUUUACCGUAUCAAGCGGAGUUCUUCAUAAGGAAUAUGAACGUAGAAGAAAUGUUAGCAAGUGAAGUUCUUGGCGACUUUCUUGGAGCAGUGAAAAAUGUGUGGCAGCCGGAACGCUUGAAUGCUAUAAACAUUACUUCAGCCCUCGACAGGGGAGGGAGAGUUCCACUUCCUAUUAAUGACAUGAAAGAGGGUGUGUAUGUUAUGGUUGGGGCAGAUGUUCCGUUCUCUUCGUGCUUACGUGAAGUGGAAAACCCACAAAAUCAGCUGAGAUGCAGUCAAGAAAUGGAGCCUGUAAUAACCUGUGAUAAAAAAUUUCGUACUCAAUUCCACAUUGACUGGUGUAAAAUCUCUCUGGUUGACAAUACAAAACAAGUUUCCACCUUUCAGGAAGUGAUUCGCGGAGAGGGGAUAUUACCUGAUGGUGGGGAAUACAAGCCACCUUCUGAUACACUGAAAAGCAGAGACUAUUACUCGGAUUUCCUAAUUACACUGGCAGUGCCCUCGGCAAUAGCACUGGUGCUUUUUCUAAUACUUGCCUAUAUCAUGUGCUGCCGACGGGAAGGAGUGGAAAAGAGAAACAUGCAAACACCAGACAUCCAGUUGGUCCACCACAGUGCUAUACAGAAAUCAACCAAAGAGCUUCGUGACAUGUCUAAAAAUAGAGAGAUAGCAUGGCCUCUUUCAACGCUUCCUGUGUUUCACCCAGUUACUGGUGAGAUUGUACCACCCCUUCACACAGACAGCUACGAUAAUACCAGUAUGCCUCUGAUGCAAACACAGCAGAACCUGCCACAUCAGACUCAGAUUCCACAGCAGCAGACUGCAGGAGAAUUUCGUAUGACAACAUUUCAAAGAUUGGAGGUAAAUGGUAUUCCUGAGGAAAGAAAACUAACAGAAGCAAUGAAUUUGUAAUCAGAGAAGGCAGCAAAUUGUCUUAUUUCCUUAUUUGUUCUGAUUGAUGCAUGAAUUUUUCUGCUGUAUAUUGUGCAUGCCCACAGUAUUAAGAUGAUUUCAGUGCCAGAGAGUACAAUCACUUCCAUAUAACUAAUGUACUGUAUCCUUUUGUACUUUGGACAUUUUUGACAAUUUGUAAACACUGAUAACUUUUUAUAUUUGUUACAUUCAGAAAAUACUCUUUCAAAUAUAUGUAUUAAUAAAUAUCCAACUUUAUUCUGUCUUGUGAUCUAUCCUGAAAGUUUUAACAGGGGAAAAAAAAUUGAAAAUAAGCACUAGGUUCAAAGGAUUUCAGGCUUUGUUCAAUGAGAUGAUAUAAUUGCCUUAUAUUUGCACACAAAAAGCAGUAGUGUACAAGCAUGGAAACUUGUGCAAUAUGAUGAGGCUCAGAAAUAGUAUUCCAGAUUUAUUAGGCAUUAAUUUUGUAGAGAUUAUCAAAAUGUAAUAAGCAGUUAUUUUUGAACAAAACAAAAACCUGCAAGUAUUCCUAUUGAAAAUUGGAUUUCAGUUCCUUCACUAGAACUUCAACCUAUUUCACAACUUGUAAGCAAUAAAACAUUUAAAAUCUGUCCAUUCAUUCAUCUGGUUGUGUUAGAAGAAACUAUUACAAACUACUGUAGGCAGAAAUUAAUGUCUCCAGUAAACAAGGGUAAAUUUUGUUACGGUAUACAUGGACUAACUUUUAACUCUUUAAAAUACUCUAAAAUUUUUUUGGUGAUAUUCCUUAUCUGAUGCAGUUUAUUUUCUGUAGCCUCCACAUUCUUUUUUUCUGGAGCAAAAAGAGUUGUGUGAGAACUAACUAACCAGUAAACCAAGGAUUAUUUUUGAGAAUUUUAAAAAGGAGUUGAUUAAAUAAAUACUUUUCCGGGAGGUGGCUACUUUGAAAGGCUUUUGUCUAUGCACCUGAAAGCUUAGUAACAUGAACUUUGUUAAAGGGAUCUGAACAGAGGUUUCCUUCUUUUUCAAUAGAUGGUGAUAAUUUAUCUCCUGACAUUGUUUUGCAUAUUUUAAAUUAUUUUUCUGAUACUUCUUUAAAUCCUCAAAUACAGCGUAACAGGACUUCAGGGUCUCCAGCUGUAACAGUGCACAGUUCUUGGGGUUUUACCUCAGAGCAUCAUACUGUUUUAAGCUGACAUUUAAGCUUUGUAUUUUCUGUGGUAUUUUAUCUUUCAGAAGCUGUAUGUUCAUCAGGACAUUGCAUUGUAAGCAGAAAGCUGCGUCUGCUUUAAAAUUGCUAAAUGCUGGCUACAUUUCCCUAGCUGAGGUUUCUCAGGUCUCUGCUAAGAGAAAUUCUGAGUAAUUUAGGAAUUUAAGGCUGAGGCUAAAAAGAAACUGUAAAAUAAGGUUGUUAGAGUUUGUAGAAAGACCAAAGUAGGCACCGGAAAGUAGGCACUGGCGCUUUUCUUUUUUUUUUUUUUUAACAGUUAUGACCCUGUUCUUUAAAACUCAAACCCCUUUUUUCAUUUGCUUUAAAAUGAACAUAAUAAUGUGUGUAUAGGUUUGGACUGGAAUGCAACACUUUGGCAGAUACUUUUAAACAAGUAAAACAAGUCCUAGGCUGUUAUUUAGGCACAUUUUGUGCUCUAAGUAUGGUAACUAUUGAAGCAAAGUGUAUAAUCAGUGCUCAGUACAAUGUACAUACUUGUAUAUUGUCAAGCCUAAACAUCCUGAGUUUGCAAGGACAAUGCUGUCCUAAACACAACCCAUAGAAUAUGCUAACAAGUGCAUCUAGCCAUAGGAAUAGUGCUGGUGGUGUUUACACUAC